CAUAUAACAUUUCCGUGUCCACCGUCCGGACUCCACCACUCCGGCGAUAAUGGCACAACCCAAUUCGAAAAAUGUUGUUUGCGCAAUUUUUUCACUGAAACUAUCAAUUCGAAGUUUGGACGGUUUACCAAUUAUCGCCUCUAUCUCCUCACCCAGACUCGGUAGUUUAUUUUAUUUAGUAAUCGGUUUAUUGCCGUCCAUAUAACGAUCUAGUUAAAUUCAAUUGUUACAAUUCUCAAAUUAUAAAGUGUACGAUGUCAAUUUACUAUUGACUUGAACCAUACAUACCUAUUAUAAUAUUAAAUUAUUUUAUGCGCAGUAUUCUAUUUGUUCCUUGAAACACAAACAUGUCUAAGAAAAGAACACGAGAUGUGGCUAAUAAUACAACAGAAGUGGAGAUGCAUGUCAGUAAUAAAAAUGUAUUACAAAAAUGUGAACAAGCUAAGUUACAAAAUAUUCCACCGUCAAUUUUCAAACCUGCACCUUUUAGUACAGAAAAAGAUGCAGUUGAAGAACGGAAUGCUUGUGAUUACAGUACAAAAAUCACUAUGGAUAUGGCUAAUUCUGGUUUAGCUCCUCGAAGAAUCAGGGUAUAUGCAGAUGGAGUUUAUGAUAUGUUCCAUCAAGGGCAUGCUAGACAGUUAAUGCAAGCAAAAACUGUAUUCCAAAAUGUUUACUUGAUUGUUGGAGUAUGCAGUGACAGUAUCACACAUACUUUUAAAGGAAAAACUGUAAUGACCGAUGAAGAAAGGUAUGAAGCUGUUAGACAUUGUCGUUAUAUAGAUGAAGUUCUUAAAGAUGCACCUUGGGAAAUUGAUGAUCAAUUUUUAAUAGAUAACAAAAUUGAUUUUGUUGCUCACGAUGAUAUACCUUACAUUAAUGAGGAUGGUGAAGAUGUUUAUAGAGGACUUAAAGAAAAAGGUAUGUUUGUAGGCACCCAAAGGACUGAGGGUGUAUCAACGUCAGAUGUUAUUUCUCGAAUAGUACGAGAUUAUGAUAUGUAUGUUAGACGUAAUCUUCAGCGUGGGUACAGUGCCAAAGAUUUGAAUGUAUCUUAUUUAAAGGAAAAAAAAUUAAAACUUCAAAACAAAAUGGAAGAACUUAAAGACCGCAGUAAGCGGGUAAUGGGAACUAUUGGUGAAAAAAGAGUAGAUAUGUUGCAACGAUGGGAAGAAAAAUCAAGAGAUUUUAUUGUUUCAUUCUUGUUGUUGUUUGGCCGAGAUGGACCUAUUUCACAUUUUUGGAAAGACAGUAAAGGUAAAUUGUUACAAGCAUUUUCUCCACCGGGAAGUCCAACUCCAAGUGGACGUAACACUCCCGAAUCAUCUAGUUCGUCUGAAGAAAACUUAAGGUCUCCACCUAGAAAAUCUAGUAGAACUAAACGUUAUUUGGAUGUUAAUGAUGAUGAUGAUGAUGAUGAUGAUGACGACGAAGACGAAGACGAAGAUGACUUGUUAAAUAGAUACAACUACUUAAAUGGGGAAAAAAGUUCCAACUCCUAGUAGUAAAGAAUGUUAAUAAUCACUUAAAAAUCCUACUAGUUUCAUGCAUUAAGUUAUUAUUAUGCACAAAUGAAAAAUGAUUAUUGUUAGAAUAAAAUUAACAGUAAUAAAAGUAAAAAAAAAAAAAAUGGUAAUAAACAUUCUUACAUGAUUGUUUUAUAAAACAAUGUAAACAUUUUAUGCAUGUUUAGACUUCUGUGUAAGAAUAAAAA